AUGACGUGCGAGGACUGGGACUCUCUGUUCAAGAGCGACUCCUUUACUACACAGUACAAAGGCGACAAAGUAACUGGCCAGUUUGCAUUAUCAUUGAUAGAUCAGAGCAAUAUUAUUGCCGAUUCUAGGUUGAAUUCAAACCAGCCUCUCGUGGUACUUGAUAACACCUGCGGUACUGGAGAUGUUUCUCAUAUCAUCUACCAUGAACUGGAUGACACAGCCAAGGGAGCUUGGAGCCUAACAUGUGGAGAUAUUUCUCUAGGCUUGAUAGAGAACACUCGGCGCAGGGCAGAGGAAGAACAGUGGUCUAAUGUAGCGUUCGAAGUAGUAGAUUCACAACAGAUGAGCUUACCGACUGCUCAUUUUACUCAUGUUUUCACUUCAUUCGAAGCCUGCCAAGUUCUGCAACCAGGAGGUAUCCUCGCAUUCUCUACUUGGAUCGGGCCUGGUUGGGUCAAUAUCGUCGGAAAUGCAGCCAAAACGAUGUGUGGUGAUUGGCCAUGGCCAACACCUAAGGCGUUCUUGGAAAUGACACAGAAGGGCGAAUGGAAUUCUGUGGCCUGGAUCGAGUCGCAGCUCUAUCAGCGGAACCUCUUAAACAUCAAAGUCAGGGCUGUUCAAAAGAGUAUCUCGUCGAAGGUGCCCGACUUUCUUGCAGUGACAGCGCUUAUUCUUCCUAUGGUAUCUCAACAUUUCUGGUCAGAGAAGCAACGAGAAAAGACCGGAGAGUUUCGGCGAGCAUUAGAAACUUAUAUAACGGAUACUUAUGGAAGGGAAGGGGACAUUCCCAUGAACUGGGUGGCUAUUCUCUCUACCGCAUGCAAGCCAAACCUGACUAGUUAG